AUGUCAACUCCCCGUGAUGAAUGGCCUCAAAAUAGACAAUGUUGGAGAAAGAAACAUGAUUCUAACAAUAAACUUUAUAAUAGAAACAACAAUUCAAACUAUGUUGCUGUUGGUGGUCAAAAGUUGGAUUCUUCAGUUAGCAAGCCAAAGUUCAGACCAUAUGACAUUUGCUUUUAUGGAAAAAGAAAUCAUGGUUUUGUAGGAGCUAGUUUGUAUCGAGAAAACAAGGAAAGUAGAAUUGAGAUUCAGAAGGAAUGGACAAAAGGGUCAAUUUUGAGACCUGGGAUGGUUCUCUUGAAAAAUUUCAUUAGCCAUGAUGAGCAGGUGGAAAUAGUGAAAGUUUGUCGCGAACUUGGUGUUGGUCUUGGAGGAUUCUACCAACCAGGAUAUGAAAAUGGAGCAAAACUUCGAUUGAAGAUGAUGUGUCUUGGUAUGGAUUGGGAUCCUCAAACCUAUAAAUAUGGAAAUAAACGAGUAUUUGAUGGUAGCACCCCACCUAGCAUUCCCAAUCACUUCAGUAAACUAGUUACAAGAGCAAUCCAAGAAGCUCAGUCUCUGACUGAAAAUGAAUAUGGAGCAUGUAAUGUGGAGGAUGUUCUUCCUUCUAUGACUCCUGAUAUUUGCAUUGUCAAUUUUUACACAGAAAAUGGAAAGCUCGGUCUUCAUCAGGAUCGUGAUGAAAGCAGAGAAAGUCUUCAGAAGGGGUUGCCUGUUGUAUCCUUCUCUAUUGGUGAUUCCGCAGAUUUUCUUUAUGGGGAUAAGAGGAACGUAGAGGAGGCAAAGAGGGUAAUGCUAGAAUCUGGAGAUGUGCUGAUAUUUGGUGGUGAAUCUCGACAUGUUUUCCAUGGUGUGCCAUCAGUUUUUCCAAAUUCAGCUCCAAAGGAAUUGCUCAGAGAUUCUGGGCUUUCUCGUGGUCGACUCAAUCUUACAUUCAGACAAUAUUAA